UUCAAACAUGGCGGCGUUUCUAAGAAGGGUCAACUUUCCCCAUUAAUUAAUCCGUUUUUAGUGCCGAAAGCUGUCAUGAUGUUAGAAUUAAAGGUGCCAUUCCUCAAAAUGACCUAAUAACAAUCAGACCACAGUAGUGGCGCCACCUUUCUACUAUCUGUGAUAAAACUUAACGCCAGAUGGUUGAAGCGAUGUCCCGGCGUACCAACUAUGGGGUGAGCGUCUCACAGACACACCGUGACCUGGACUCAGAUCGCUAUAAGGAGUUACGGCGUCCAAGGAAAGUCCGAUUCUUCUCCAAUGGAGACCGCUACUUCAAGGGAAAGAAACUCUACAUCACGCCGCACCGGUAUAUGUCAUUCAACGAUAUGUUGAGUGAUUUGACUGGGAAGUUACCUGGACAGGUCCAGUUGCCUUACGGCGUGCGUCAGAUUUUCACACCGACCGGAGGGACACGGGUCCGCGACCUUGAGCAGUUGCAAGAUGGCAGUGAUUAUGUCUGCGCUGGGUUUGAGCCAUUCAAGUCAAUCCAGUAUGGCAAAUUCGAUUUGGAGCCAUGGACUAAUGAAUCAACAGGUCAAGACGGCCUCGACCCUCGAAAACAAGCUCACCACCACAACAAACACAACCACUUCCCAGGAUACAACAGUGAUCAGUUUCCUACAGGCGCCUUCCGACCGUACUACAAUCGCGGCGUUUAUGGCGGCUUUAAUCCUAACCGCCAUUAUCGCAGUCACAUGUACCCGCGUGGCCGGGGACCUCAGGGACAGGUAUACCCAGGCAAGAACUUCCUUAGCCAAUCAGACGACAUUCAUAACAAGCCAAAAGUUGUGACUGUUGUACGGAAUGGCGAUAAGCCGCGGAACAUUGUGAAAAUUUUACUAAACAAACGUAGUGUUCAAUCCUACGAGCAGCUCAUGUCAGACAUUUCGGAAAGUUUCGGACCAAAAUGGAAAAAUAAUCGUGUGCGGAAAUUAUUCACAGUGCGUGGUAAAGAGGUGCAAAGUAUAUCAGACUUCUUCCGGAAUGAUGAUUUGUUUAUUGCCGUGGGAACCGAGCCGCUCACGGUAAAUGAAGUGGCGGACAUUUUGAAAGAGGUGGCUCCCGACUCUACUCAGGCAAAGACGUUUAAGAAAGAGUGGGAGAAACAAAAGCGUAAGAAACAAGAUGUGGAGAACGUUGGGGAUUUACAGGAGGGGGAGCGCGAGGAUAAGCGUGAUUCUGGUUUCGGUGAGAGUGAAAGUCAACGAGAUGCGGAAGAUAGGGAUGACGUUAUUUAUGUGCCGCCAAAACAUGACCCAGUGCGUAUUCGACGGAAGAAACCAAAGGAAGUGCCACCUGUGGGUGAAAAGUUGUCAGAGCAUGAAAACGAAGUUGUUACACAUCUUGAUACAGAGAGAAAGAAGGCUGUUGAUGAAGAUCGGUUGCGGACACGGAAGCGAAUGCAGAAGAUGGAGGAAGCGGAAAAACGGGCGUUGGAUGAGGAGCGCCGGAAGAGAGGGUUAGUGCCGCUGAAGGGGACAAGGGAUGACCCGUAUAGGAAGAUGUUGGAGGAGAGAGAGAAAGAACGGGAGAGGCAGCGUGAAGCAGAGAAGGAAAGGAUGAGGAAGAAGAAGGAGAGGGAGGAGAGAAGGAAGGUGGUGGGGGAGGAGGAGGGUGAUGAGGAACAGGUACGACUCAAGGAAGAACAGGAGAGGAAGAAAAGAGAGGAUCGGAAACGGAGAGCGGAGGAGAAAAAACGGAGAGAAGAAGAGAGGCGGCAGGAGGAAGAGGUAGAGCAGGAGGAGCGACGUAGACAGGAGGAAAAGAGAGCAGAGGAGAAAAGGAAAGAGGAGGAACACAAGAAGAAGGAAGCAGAAGAGGUGAGGAAACGGGAGAAGGAAGCUGAGGAGAAGAGGAAACAAGAGAAGGAAGAGGAGGAGAGAAGGAAGAGAGAGGAGGAAAAGCUACGGAGAGCAGAGGAAGAGCAGAAGAUUAAGGGUGCUAAUUCUGCACGGAGUGUUGACACAUCCAAGAAAGCAGACAACACGAAAAAAGUGGAUGAUUCGCCAAAAAAGAGUGUUGAUACGAAAAGGGUUGAGGUGGAUGUUGAAGAGGAAGAGGCAAAGGAUUCAGGGGUUGGGGACGAGGUUGAUUCAACAAAGGAGACACGGAAGACUGUUUCAUCUAAAAGUCGGAAGGUAGAAUUUGCUGUUGAGGAAAAGGAGAAGUCUGAGUCGCCAAAACGGCGAGGUAGUAAACAGGAUAGCGCUGAUAAGCGCCAUAAACGGCGCGACAGUGUAAAAGAUAAGGAAAAUAAAACUGAAGACGAUACUUAUAAUCAGAAACCGCAUGCUCCAGUUGAGAAAAAAGAACAUGCCUCGCGGAGGCGGAGCACAAGGACUAACAAGACGAAGUUAGAUCGACAGGUUUCAAAUGCGGAGCGUGUUUUAGAUAAAUAUGAAGUUGGUAAAGUGAUGGGGGAUGGUAACUUCGCUGUCGUGAAGGCGUGCAAGUUGAAAAAUACGAACAAUGAGUACGCCAUGAAAGUGAUUGACAAGUCAAAGUUAAAGGGGAAGGAGCACAUGAUCGAAAAUGAAAUCGCGAUUAUGAAACGGUGUACGCAUCCGAACAUUGUGAAGUUGAAGGAGGAGUUUGAGACUAAGGAGGAAAUAUAUCUAAUUAUGGAACUCGUUAAGGGUGGAGACCUGUUUGAUGCCAUCACCCAGAGCGUCAAGUUCACGGAGAAAGACUCUGCUCACAUGGUGAAGGAUCUCUGCAACGCCCUCUAUUAUCUACACAGUCGACAUGUCGUACAUCGCGAUCUCAAGCCAGAAAAUCUCCUUGUCCAAAGAACUCGUGACGGCAGCAUGACACUGAAGUUGGCUGAUUUUGGUCUUGCCAUGGAUGUUAAGGAACCCAUCUAUACUGUAUGUGGGACACCCACAUACGUCGCUCCGGAAAUAUUAUCAGAAAUAGGAUAUGGCUUAGAAGUUGACAUGUGGGCAUUAGGCGUCAUCACGUAUAUCCUCCUGUGUGGAUUCCCGCCAUUCAGAAGUCCAGACAGGAACCAGACUGAACUAUUCGAAUACAUCAAAGCGGGAGAAUAUGAGUUCCUCAGUCCGUAUUGGGAUGGCAUUUCAAGAUCUGCGAAAGACCUCAUCGAAAACCUUCUCAUUGUGGAUCGACGGCGACGUUACAAAGCCGUUGAUGUCUUAACGCAUCCGUGGAUUGUCACGUUAGCGAACACACAGGAUGUCCCCUCCAAUAUGGCGGAACAUCGACUCACGCUACGGGCAGACUUGGAGCUGCAAGCCAAAACAGCGUGGGACGCUUAUCGACUACAAUACCUUAUUUAGACAAUCGCAGAUGUGACUUGUAACCUCGUCCUCAUGUACGCUUUGUUCUGGGGACGAGUUUAAGUACUGCUGACUUUUUGUACAUUCGGUUUUGUGCUUGGGGGAAAGACUGUGUAGACCGAUGUAUCUGGUGCAAAUAAUUAGGAUUUCAAAGGUACGAAGUUCAACAUUUUGUGGUGAUUGUGUCUGAUGUCUACGCUAUAUAAUACGGUGAGGCUUCCUUCAUUGUUCUUGGUGAAAAUAUUGGACAUUUACACAAAACCAUCCAGCUGAUAUCAGUCAGCUGGACUGAGAUUCCAGCAUAAUUCCUACGAUAUUCAUUUUGCCAUCAUAAUGUGUAAAUUUUAUGGCGGCACCUAGAGACAUCCCUAUAAUGUUUGGACCUACAAGUCUUCCACUUAAAGUGCCAUGGGCUAUUGAGUACAUUGUAUCUUCAAUGGUCACAGGUGUUUUUACACAAUCAUGUUCAUUCCAAUACAUCAGCGUUGAUCGGUUGUUCAGCUGCAGAGUUACCAAUAGGUUUGAUAAAUCAUGGUUUCUUGCUUGGAUGAAUGGUCAACUUAUUUUGGUUGUCAAUUUCUCACAUUUUGGGGUCAAUUCCUGUUAUUCAUUCUCGUAAUAUGUAUAUUGGUUAAAAGUCUAUUUAUAGCAGAGGUUAAUUUUGUAUAUAUACACCAUAAUUUUAUACAACAAAAAACCAAAGCACACGACGUGUGUGUGUAAAAAUGUAUGAAUGUAAAUAUGGGUCAAGCUCAUUAAAACUGUUCAGGCACACUUAUACUGAACACUUUUAGUUGGAAGAUGUUAGAUUUUUGACUUGUCUGUCUUGUAAAAUAUUGCUGAUUGGUUUGGAGGCCUGCGUGGCUUCACAAUGUUUAUAUGUGUACUUGGUAGAUUUGUAUUUGUAAAUUUUUCUACGUUGUUUAUAGUAACCAUGUUAACAGUUACCAUGGCGAUGGUGGUUAUGGUGAUGUUGAAAAUAGGAAUCUGUGCCAAUUUUUGUCUGUGAUAAAGAAUUCAAGACAAUAUAGGCCUACAGUAAAGUCUAAAAAGUUAAAAGAUUUGGGUGUAUAGUCUAAUAUAAAUAACAGUAGAGGUUGUCCUCCGACAGCCGCAUUUACCCCAUUUUAAUUGUUAAAUUUUGGGAUAAAAUCUGUGAAAAGAAAUUACUGGUAGGCCUCCCUGUCCUGAGCCACUUUGAGAUCAUGGGGUCAGCUUCUUUAUGUUCAAUUUAGCUGCAAACCGUUAUCCUAAAUUUGAUAGAUGUCAGUUAAUGUUAAGUUGUGAUAAUGUAUUUGUUCGUGCAAACAUGCCACUUUAGGCAGGAUAGUCAUGUAUGUAAAUUUUAAGGGGCAGAAUUGUGUGGUUUCCAUAGCAA